AUGACCGAUCAAACCCAGUCAGAGUCGCCCUCGAGAGCGGUUGACAAAAUUGAAGAGCAACCAGUCUCACCAACUGCCGCGAGACAUUCGUCGGAGCAGUUUGCGAGAGACGCUUUGCUACUGCCAGAUGGCAAACAAUAUGUCUCGAUCAGCUCCUCUCAGCCAGAAGCAACCAAGGAGACCGAUGCAGAUGCAGACGAACCUAUACAUAAAGGCAUAUACUGGUGGUCCCCAAUUGCGAUGGUCUCUUUCUUCUUACUUGGUGUUUUAACAAGUUUCAUGCAUCAUUUCUAUUACACUGUCCUAGAUGAACGACAGGUGGGAAAUGACCGCCAGCAGCAGUGGGCUCUGAGAGGAGGAAAUACAUUCGCCUACCUGACUCAGGUCAGUCUGACGACCUCCAUUGGAUUCCCGUAUACACAAUGGCUUUGGUGGGCUUUGAAACGAAGCAAAGUUUCUGUCGCGGCACUCGAUGCUGCAUUUGACGGGACUCUAACAGCGUUGCUAAAUAUGGAAAUGGUCCGAGAGAUCAAAAUGGGGACUUUCCUGGCUUUGGUGAUUGGGUUUCUCCCAUUGACAUCUCUCGUCCCACCAGCGACUCUUUUCGUCCUGCCAAGUCUUCAAGAUAGUUCUGAUACUGGCCCAGUCUAUGUUCUCGAUAUGUACGGCACUAACCAAUGGAGCCGGUUUGCUCACUCUUCAAACAGCAGCGAUCAGAAAACUACUACAUUACUGAGUCCACGGACUAUAGCCAAGCGCCUGUCAUCAGCGACAGCGGCUCAAGGAGAGAUCCCUCUCAUCUCGGCACCCUUUCCCAACGCAACUUUCCCCCUACAAUUCUUUGGCCCAUCAGUCACAUGCGAGGAAGCAAACUCUACAAUUGCCACGAUCAUCGACAGUAUUCGCGAUGAUGAUGUUCGGAACAACUCUGUAGGCUCCCUAGCAGAGAAGUCCAAUUAUUUCUACGCAUUUGUUCCGGAUCUGAUGACCAAUGCCGGAAACACGAGUGCCAAAAAUAAUGGUGUUCUGCUGACACCAAAACUACGAUUGCCUCAACCUCAAAACGCAUCUAACGAGCUAUGGAUGGCUUACUCCCGGUACACGGGACAUCUUGAUUCUCAAGGCAACAUGGCUACCGAAGAUCAUUAUCUGGUUUGCAAGCUCCACAACGCAUCAUACAACAUUCUUGUCAUGUUUGAAGAAGGAGCUCAAGAGAUAACCAACCUAAGUACAGCGAAUAAGAAUAUCGUCGAGUAUCCCAAGAAUGAUUCCCCAAUUUCCGACGAAAUCUUCCAACAACAUGCCUAUUCGGCCGUCUUCUGGGCAAUGACGGACUUACUAGUUGGCUCCAUGGGAUUCUUCGUCCAGAACACUUCACCUCCAACGAAUUUCACGGAAAUCACAACUGAUCUUCAAUACAUCAGUUUGAUAGGAAGUUCAGAUCUGCAGGCUUUUUUUGACAGUAAUCAUCCGGGUGCUAAUGGGAUCAGUGAUCAGCGAAACCAGGAUAUUGAAUUAGCACAUAAUCGUACUCUAGACGUCCUGAUUCCGGAACUAAUGUUCAAUAUCACGAUGUCAUUUAUGAGCAGCAACCUUCUUUCACCUCCCAUAAACCAAGCAGUCACCCGUAAAGACUUUGUCAACAAGUAUGUCUACCACUCAAAGAACUUAUUCAUCUCAUACGGCCUUGCGAUCGGUCUCACAUUUCUCGCAAACCUACUCGGUGCAUUCGCAUACUUGGAUAAUGGGGUUAGUCAUAACAAGACUUUCUCAGCCAUCCUAGCGGCAACACGGCACGAGACACUUACGAAACUCUUCCACAACCAGAUUGUGGGAAGUCUGCCGCUGUCGGAUAAAGUGAAAGAUACCCUUCUGAGCUUUGGGGCGAUUGGGGCUAGGAGGGAAAGCUUGGAUUGGAGAGCUGCUAUGGGGUUUACGGUUGCCAAAGACGGGGACGAGGACGGGGAAGAGGAGGAAGAGGAGAAUUUUAAAGAACGUGUGGCUUCAUGGCUUCGAAGUGUGAGGGUGAGACUUCGAGUUUUGUUAUCGUAAAGUAUUAAACCUUAU